UUUGCUGACAGGAAGAAAGAGCCAACAUGGAAUGAGGAAUUCACUUUUAACAUUAAGCUCCCUUCGACUAAAAACCUCCAGGUGGCAGCUUGGGAUGCAAACUUGGUAACUCCACACAAGCGAAUGGGCAAUGCAGGAAUCUGUUUGGAGCUUCUGUGUGAUGGAGAUUCACAUGAAAUGGUUGUGGAAUUAGAAGGAAUGGGUGGUGGAGGGAAGAUACAGUUAGAGGUUAGAUAUAAAAGUUUUGAUGAAAUUGAUGAGGGAAAGAAGUGGUGGAAGCUCCCAUUUGUUUCAGAGUUCCUCAGGCAAAAUGGGUUUGAGUCUACUUUGAAAUCAAUUGUUGGGUCUGAUAGUGUGCUGGCUCGGCAGUUUGUUGAAUAUGCUUUUGGGCAGUUGAAAUCCUUUAAUGAGACAUAUCCUUGGAAGGAUAAGCUUUUAAAUAGUGGUAAAUAUGUAGCAGAAGGGGAAUCGGUCAAUGCCACUGCUGCACCUGAGAAGUCUUCAUCUGUAGAUGUUCCAUUGCUGAAUGACCAGAGACUGAAUGAAGAGAACAUUGUUGUUGAGUCUUCCCCUGAUUCAACUGGAUUUGAGAAUGCUAAUGGAGAAAAAAUGCUAGUUGGUGAAUCCAUACAGUUUGACAAACAUUUCUGGAAGAACUUUGCAGAUGUUAUCAAUCAAAAGGUUGUACAGAAACUUGGUCUUCCUGUCCCUGAGAAUGUAAAAUGGGAUGGUUUUGAUGUACUAAAUAAGAUUGGCAUACAAUCCCGGAAAGUUGCAGAAAAAGCUUACGUUGAAUCUGGGCUUGCAACGCCGAGUAGACAAGAUAUUGAUGAUUCCGCAGAGAGCGGGCCACUUCUAAGAAGUGCAAUUCAGUCUUCAAUUCCGGAUAUAAAAAAAGUGACACAAGAUUUGUUGCAGCAAACUGAUUCUGUUUUGGGGGCAUUGAUGGUUUUGACUGCGGCAGUUUCUCGGCUAAAUAAGGAAGCGCGUUCUAUGGAAAAGAAUGAUAAUAAAAUGAAAAGUGAUGAUUCUGUGUAUUCUAAGAGUGAGAAUCUUGCAGUCUCAUCAGACGUAUCAUCAUUGGAUGAAAAGAAGUCGGAGGAGAUGAAAACUCUUUUCUCUAGUGCAGAAAGUGCUAUGGAAGCCUGGGUGCUGCUUGCCACUUCUCUUGGUCAUCCUAGUUUUGUUAAGUCUGAAUUUGAGAAAAUUUGCUUCCUAGAUAACGCAUCCACUGAUACACAGGGGAAGAAAUGUACAGCAUAUCCUGCUGUGAAGCUCGACGUGGUACUAGCCGGCGCCACAUGGUUAGAACCUGAUCCAAUCGAUCGCUGCUUCACCGAUGGAAACUUGGUCACAGGAGCGGCUUGGCCUGGUCACCCAGAGUUCAUUUUUCAGUUAAUGGCACUACUGGGUAUAAAGGUAACCUUUUAGCUGACGUUCGUGCUUGUACAUGUAUCAAAUAAAUAGCAUGGAGUCUACUUCCGUGCUGGCUAUAAGAAG